AUGCCUGAAAUUGUUGAUCAUGAUUAUGAAUCUUUACCAGAAAAUUCACCAUUAACAGCAAACUUAAUCGCAGGAGCCUUAGCAGCUGUUUACACAGGAGUACUGAAUGCAUUUUCACGAAUUUCUACAACAGAAGGGGUACAUACUCUAUGGCGUGGGGUUAAUUCAGUGGUAUUAGGAGCAGGACCUUCACAAAUUCACCAUUAA